AUGCUUAUGGUUUUGGUUCAACUUGCUUAUGCUGCAGUUAAUGUGCUCUACAAGCUUGCCAUCAAUGAUGGAAUGACUGUUAAAGUUGCUACUGCUUAUCGUUUAGCUUUUGGUUCAGCUUUUACUGUUCCUCUUGCUCUCAUUUCUGAAAGAAAUAAGAGGCCAAAGCUGAGUUGGAGAGUACUUUUCAUGGCUUUUCUUUGCAGCUUGUUUGGGGGAAGCUUAUUUCAAAAUCUAUUCUAUGAGGCUUUGGCUUUAACAUCAGCAACAUUUGCAUCGGCUAUCUACAAUCUCAUUCCUGCCAUCACCUUUAUCAUGGCAAUUUCCUGCGGGUAA